AUGGCGGCCAUGGCUCCCCCAGAGCGCCCUCAGCCCGACGCAUACGACAACAAUCCAAGCGUCUUGCCGCACUUCUCUCCGACCCCCUACUCGACGUUCCAGCCGCUGCCACAGACGCAUUACUUCCGCACUUCCGCAGACGGCAUAAAGAUGGACCUGGAUGCGAUUUACCGGACCUAUCGUUUGUCACCAUGCUACUUCUCCGGCCUCUUCCAUGUCGGUACACGAGAUGCAGUCGCCGACCCAGAGACGGACAAUACGAUCGUGAUGGUCUUCCAAGUUACGCCGGAGCAGAUGUGGUUGUGGCGAGCUUUUGACCGUGACGUCCGGCAGGUCCUCUCGGAUUACGAGCUUGAUGGGCUCGCUGGUGUCUGCUCUCAGUCUCAGCGGACCCAUCAACGCUUGCUCCGUCUCGCCGAGCGCACACGGGUUCAGGAGAGGCUGUGGGGAUAUCGCUCACAUAUUCUUCACCUUCCCGUUCACGAGAAUGCCCAGACCGUGAAUCCGCGCGACAUCUGGGACAGACGUCUCGACGUGCAACCAGCGCAGACCGUGAAUCCGCGCCACGUUUCGGACAGAUCUCUUCACGUCCAACCUGCGCAGACCGUGCCGGAUCAACGAGACGGAAUUGCAUCGGAGUGGCUUGCGGCACCGGUAACCAACCCUCUGAUGUCCUCCCGAUGGGCCCACAACGAUCGCGCAGAGUUGGUGUCGGCAUAUGCGCCUCAGUCACCAUCUCUCGCUGUCCGAUCCCCCGUGAUGCCACACGAAGAACUUGAUUGGGAAACAGACACGAUCACAUUGGACGACCUGGACCGGGCACUCGAUGAUUUCGAGCCAUUGACCCGAGCUCCUCGCCGAACCGCCUUGCCGUCCAUCGACGCGGACGUCCUGCGUCAGGCAUAUUUCAACGCCGCCAUCCGCGACCAGCUGGUGGGCGGCUCGCUCUUAGAGAACUAUAUGGACGUGUUCGAGGGUACGAGACUGAUUGACGGCACUGUUCUGAGAGAAGGCACGAUCGUGAUGGGUGGGCGCAGCAUCAUGGAGCGCGUUGUCUUCUCCGACGCGUUUGAGCUGUGGCUGCUGGCGACGGGGGCGGCAAGGUCGUUGUUGAGGGCUGUGCCGAGGCGGUUUGAUGGGUUGUUCACCGGAAAUAGCUAUGAGUACAUGUAA